AUGAAGCGCUCCGACUCGUCCCGCAGCAUCCCGUCUCUGGUCCAGUCCAACAACGGCGAUGCCGAGACACCACGACCCAUGACCGCCAUGCCCGGCAGGGAAAAGAGCUUCCUCGACAACAAGGAGCCUGCCGUCACCUCCGUCGCCGAGGAGAAGACCACGCCUACAACCGUGCCCGAGGAGAAGGAGACGCCCGCCGCUGCCGCUGCCGCUGCCGCAACCGAGACCGCUGCUGCUCAGCCCAAGGCCGUGUCCGUGGCCGAGACUGCCCAGACCGCCGAGGACGAUGCCGAAGACUCCUCGUCCGAGGAUGAGGACGACGACGAGAAGAACACGGCCGAGACCCGCGAGCCCCAGGGCGCCCAGCUCGCGACUCGCGUUGCCAUCCUGCCCCCUCGCCCCGCGACCCCCGAUGCCGACAAGAGGAUCUCGUACCACGAGGACGCCGACCUCCACAUCAAGGUCCGCGAGUCCAACGGCGCCGUCGUCGUCUACUCGGUCCGGUCCGCGGCCCUCGCGUCCGCCUCCCGCGUCUGGAAGGACCUGCUCGCCAAGAACACGGCCCCCGUCCUCGAGCUGCACUCGGCCGCCGACACGGCCAGCGGCCUCGACGUGCUCUUCUCCAUCGCCCACUUCAAGUUCCACGAGCUGCCGGCCAUGCCCAACGUCGGCGAGCUCUACGACCUCGCCCUGGCCUCGGACAAGUACGCCGCCACCCACCUGCUCGUCCCCUUCAUGAAGGACUGGGUCGUCGCCCUGAACCGCCACGUCCUCAUGGCCGGCGCCCGCAACGACGAGGACAAGACGCUCGUCCUCAGCUGGGUCUUUGGCGAGGCCCGCUGGUUCAGCCGUGUGCUGGCCAAGGCCGCCUUCAAGUCCCGCGUCGGCACCGACGGCGCCCUCCUCGACUCCAAGGGCCGCCCUUGGAGGGACCAGCCCGUCUCGGACGAGGUCGUCGGCAUGCUGGCCGCCGCCCGCGCCGAGGCCGUCGAGAAGAUCAUCAAGGCCGUCAGCAACCCCGUCCACCGCCUCCUCAACCCCUCGUGCUACCCGGGCGAGGAGGUCCGCUACUGCCACGCCGGCACCGACGACGGCACCGCCGAGGACUGCGAGCAGCUCCUCCUCGGCUCCGCCAUCAUGGGCCUGACCAAGUCCAAGCUGUGGCCGCCCCCGGAGCCCGCCAAGAUCAAGGUCAGCGCCGUCGACCUCGCCCGGGCCUACGGCGAGGUCCGCAUCCGCCGCUACCAGACCCCCGGCCUGCGCUUCCGCGAGACCCAGCCCGAGGGUGCCCCGGUCGAGGACCCCCACGCCAAGUGCGGCUUCGGCCACCGCGAGGUCCUCGACAAGAUCCUCAACACGCCCGCCAAGAUGGCCGCCAGCGUCGUCGGCCAGCUCAUCACCCGCGCCAAGAAGUCGGGCGCGUUCGGCGACGAGCUCUUCGCGGACCUGAAGGAGUACGUCCAGGACGGCGGCGCCGCCGUCACCGUCGAGGGCGAGGACCUGAAGACCGACCCCGUCCACUACAAGCAGGUCCGCGUCAAGACCAACGACGUUGUCGAGAACAAGACCCCGGCCGAUGACGACGACGAUGAUGAGGAGGAUGACGAGUCCAGCUCCGAGAGCGACGACGAGUAG